AUGGAACAAAACAAUGGCACUGAAGUCGAGGAGUUCAUUCUCCUGGGAUUUGCUGGUCAACGCAAGUCUUGGCAUAUCCUCUUCGCAGUAUUUCUAGUGAUCUAUCUGGUCACCCUAGUGGGUAAUAUUGGAAUGAUCCUACUCAUCAAGAUUGAUUCGUGCCUUCACACCCCGAUGUACAUUUUCCUUCAACACUUGGCAUUUGUUGAUCUCUGCUACAGCUCUGCUAUCACUCCCAAAAUGCUGCAAAACUUUGUAGAAACACAGCACUCCAUCUCAUUCAUAGGAUGUAUGGUGCAAUUACUAGUCUAUGGUGCUUUUGCAACGAUUGACUGUUACAUCCUGGCAGCAAUGGCAGUGGACCGGUAUGUUGCCAUCUGCAAUCCACUCCACUAUCCAAUAGUCAUGUCGCAGACAGUCUGUAUUCAACUCCUGGUCGGCUCAUACUUCAUAGGUUUCCUAAAUGCCUCUGUAAACACAGGUUUUACUUUUUCACUGAGCUUUUGCAAGUCCAAUAAAAUUAACCAUUUUUUCUGUGAUGAGCCCCCACUUUUGGCUCUCUCUUGUUCCAACAUUGACUUCAACAUCAUGCUGCUAACUGUCUUCGUGGGGUUUAACUUAACGUUCACGGUGCUGGUUGUCAUCCUGUCCUACAUAUAUAUUCUGGCUGCUAUCCUGAAGAUAUCUUCCACUGCGGGGAGGAAAAAAGCCUUCUCCACGUGUGCCUCCCACCUGACAGCAGUCACCGUUUUCUAUGGGACUCUCUCUUACAUGUAUCUGCACCAUGGGACCAAGAAGUCCCAAGAGCAGGAAAAAAUGGCUUCUGUGUUUUAUGGCAUUAUGAUCCCCAUGUUAAACCCCCUCAUCUACAGUCUGAGAAACCAAGAUGUGAAGGGAGCCCUAAAGGUGGUUAGAAAGAAAUGCUUUUAG